UGGGUGGAUAGCAAGAGCCACGAAAGUCGGUAAACCAUCGCAAAAUUAAGGAACUAUUUUGAAAAUCCACAUGUUCACAAUGAUUAGCUCAUCAGCUGUGUGUUCGGUAUUCUUUAAUUUUGUUUCCUUGAUCGCCCUGUCAAAGUCUCUCAGAUCGAAGGACGUUUGGAUCAAGGACAAUGUAUUUACCGAAAAUGAAAUUCGGGACAUGAAAUCUUUGCUAAGCCAAGAUGAAACGGUGUGGAAAUUUCAGCCUAGAGAAGAUAACAACUUAGCGAUUGCUGGACGAACGAAGAAUUUGUGCUCCAAAGCUUGCUACAGUUGCUACAGUUGGUCCUCUAAUCUGACAUCUGUCACUUUUAAGAGCUCCUCUUCUUGGAGAAAAGUUUCAGACACGUUAUCUUCGCAUAUUGGAAUAAAAGGAAAUUGUAGAAUUUUGUCUUUAGAAGGAAAAAUCAACAUCAGAGCUGGGCAUACUUGUACGGAACGAGCAAGUGUAAGUGACAAAACUGUGAAUAGCUAUAUCGCUGUAAUUUUUCUUGUGCAGAAUUCGAGGCGCAACGCUUACGGUGAGCUGAUCGUGUACAACGAGGGUGAAAUAAUCAAAGCUGUUUAUCCGAAAAGAGGCAGGCUGGUGAUCUUUCCUGCCUCUCUGGAGCAUGUAAUCAAAUCUCCAGCGAUAGACAUGUCGGAGAGAUUAUAUUGUAUGAAAAUUCACUUUUUACUUUCAGAUGACCAGAGACAUUCGGCGGUUGUACAGGAAACAUUACCUGGCAACACUGUAAGGAAUGAUUUUAAUAAUCUAAUGGUUUUCCCCAACUUUAAACUUUUGACCAAAACUGACACAACCCCAGAUGGAACCUUAGAUAUUCAGCAAUUUGUCACUAAGAAUUUCACCACAAACAGUGGCCUUUCCAUUGUUGUUUUGGAUGGUAUUCUUCCUCUCAAAGAGCUUGACGCUUUGAGGAAAACGGUUGAAACUAACGGUUACAGCGAUAAUGCAGCUGGCAUGGACAGCACAGAUCAGGUACAGUGGAUCAUGGCAUUUGAAAUUGAUGACUUUGUUCAAACAUCACUAUGGAAUGUGGUCAGUCAGAUUGUGACCUUUGUCUCUGGGAAGAAAGGUUAUUUUCCUUAUGACAUUGGAUGUAAUAAUAUUCAAGCGACAGACACAACUACAAUUCAUAUAGAUAGUGAAUUUAAUGAAAGUGAAUUCACACUCCUGAUUUAUCUCAAUGAAGACUGGACUGCAAAUCAUCAUGGCGAAACUGUCUUCUUUGAUGAUAUGGAGGGGAACGAGGUAAUAUUUGCAGUAAGGCCAAGAUAUGGACGUGUUGCUAUUUUCCAUGGAUCAAUUCCACAUAGUGCGCGACCACCCCCACUUCUUAUGGAAGGUGCAAGGUUCAGUUUUGCAGUCAAAUUAGCAGCAUCUGAAGAGACUGCAAGAAAAAAGGCUGAUUUGUUGGAUAUAGAUGUGCUCUAUGAAGCUUUAGAAGUUUUGCAAGGAGAAGAAGCAGACAAAUUGGAAGCAAUAAUCCAUGAUAUUGAGGAUGGGAAAAUGGAUAGACAAACAAAAGAAACUAUAAUUAGAGAGUAUGAAACACAUUAAGAAUUGCAUAAAAAUCAGCUGAUUAAAUAGUGUCCGAGAGUUAAUGACUUAAAAUUGUUCAGAAAAAUAUAGGUGUAACAUAUUUUUAUGUAAAUGAUAUUUCCUAAUGUCCGGCAAUUAAGUGUGUUACUUGAAACUGCA